AGUCAGGACCUCGAUAUAAAUAUAAGGGCCCCGGUUACCUCUCUUCUGGCUGAGCUUGCACCAGGCCACAUCAUGCCGCCUUACACCCUCGUCUAUUUCGCCUCCCGAGGGCGCUGUGAGGUUUUGCGCAUGCUGCUAGCGGACCAGGGCCAGAGCUUGAAGGAGACAGUGGUGACCGUGGAUGCCUGGCAGCAGGGCCCAGUCAAGGCUUCCUGUCUGUUUGGGCAGCUCCCCAAGUUCCAAGAUGGAAACCUCACCCUGUACCAAUCGAAUGCCAUCCUGCGGCACCUGGGCCGCUCAUUCGGGCUCUACGGCAAAGAUCUGCAAGAGGCAGCACGGGUGGACAUGGUGAACGACGGGCUGGAAGACCUCGCCAGGCACGUUUUCCGGCUGCUACUCCUUAGAUCUGAGGAGGUGAAGGCCCAGUACCGGGAAGAGCUUCCGAGGCACCUGAAGCCAUUUGAAACUCUGCUGGUCCAGAACAAGGGUGGCCAGUCCUUCAUCGUGGGGGACCAGAUCUCCUUCGCUGACUACCGCCUGCUAGACUUGCUUCUGAACCACCAGCUCCUGUUCCCUGGUUACUUGAAAGACUUCCCCCUGUUCUCUGCCUACGUGGCACGCCUCACAGCCCGGCCCAAGCUCAAGGCCUUCCUGGACUCCCCUGAGCAUAUGAACCGUCCCAUUGCUGGUUGUGUAAACAUAUGAGCCCACCUGCUCUGCCCUGCCCUCCCCCCACACACCAAUAAAACUACGGCAGGAGCCUGGCCA